AUGCCCAGUAAAUUCCCAAGUCGAUCGGUUAAGAGUACGGAAGCUUUCGUUGAAAAUUUGAAAUCUUCGGGUAACAUUGAAGCGGAUGAGAUAAUGGUCUCGUUUGACGUGACGGCUUUGUUUCUGAGUGAUCCAGUGAACGAAACCUUGAAUCUUCUUGAGGAUUGGUUAAUUCCUCAAUAUACUGAUAGCACUUGGAAAAAGAAAGUCCUGGCUGGUGGUUCAGGAUAUGAAUACCAUUUCAAACACGCAACUCUACCGCAUGCAAGAACACGUCGAAGUCUGAUACAUGCAAGAGUUUUGAAGAAAGAGCCAUUGGUUCACUCCGCUAUUCAACAAAUUGGUUUUAUGCGUGUCAAAAGAGGAUUGCGUCCGGCAAUUCCUGCACUGUACAUCCCUGUUAAGCUGGAUCCAAAUGUUGGAAGAGCACCUACUGAUCCAUAUUUUCCACUCCAAUGGUAUUUGAAAAACACAGGUCAAAAUGGUGGAAAGGCACGAUUAGAUUUGAAUGUACAGGCGGCAUGGGAUCAAGGAAUAACGGGAAAAAACGUAACCACAGCGAUAAUGGAUGAUGGAGUGGAUUAUAUGCAUCCGGACUUAAGGUUCAACUAUAACGCCGAAGCUAGCUACGAUUUCAGCAGUAACGAUGCAUAUCCCUAUCCAAGAUACACAGAUGAUUGGUUUAACAGUCACGGGACGCGGUGCGCAGGCGAAGUGGCUGCUGCACGUGAUAACGGAAUUUGUGGCGUUGGUGUAGCAUAUGAUUCAAAAAUUGCUGGUAUACGAAUGCUCGAUCAGCCGUACAUGACUGAUUUAAUAGAGGCUAAUUCGAUGGGCCAUGAACCACACAAAAUACACAUUUAUAGUGCUUCUUGGGGUCCUACUGAUGAUGGAAAGACGGUUGAUGGGCCGCGAAAUGCGACCAUGCGUGCAAUAGUUCAAGGCGUUAACGAAGGGCGCAAUGGACUUGGCAACAUCUAUGUAUGGGCUUCAGGCGAUGGUGGUGAAGAAGAUGAUUGUAACUGUGAUGGAUACGCAGCAUCGAUGUGGACCAUUUCCAUUAACAGUGCAAUCAAUGAUGGACAAAAUGCUCACUAUGAUGAAAGUUGCAGCUCUACUCUAGCCAGUACUUUUAGUAAUGGUGCCAAGGAUCCCAAUACUGGAGUGGCAACUACAGACCUCUACGGGAAAUGUACAACUACUCACUCUGGUACGAGCGCUGCUGCACCUGAGGCAGCCGGAGUCUUUGCUUUGGCGUUGGAAGCGAAUCCAUCCCUGACUUGGCGUGACAUACAACAUCUGACGGUUUUGACAUCGAAAAGAAACUCAUUAUUUGAUGCUAAGAAUCGUUUCCACUGGACUAUGAACGGUGUUGGGCUGGAGUUCAACCAUUUAUUUGGCUUCGGAGUGCUUGAUGCAGGCGCGAUGGUAUCUUUAGCAAAUAAAUGGCGAACCGUUCCUCCUCGUUAUCAUUGUGAAGCUGGAGCAGUACUGAAUGUCCAUAAAAUACCUUCCACUGGAACUUUAACACUGCGUAUUAAGACGGAUGCCUGCAGAGGCACUGAUACUGAGGUUCGCUAUUUGGAGCAUGUUCAAGCUGUUAUAACUGCAAACGCCACACGCAGAGGUGAUUUGGAAUUAUUCGUCACAUCUCCAAUGGGAACAAGGAGGACGCCACGAUUAUCGAGCAACAAAGCAGCGGCGCGAAAUCUACAGUUCACGCCGUCAGGGACAGGAAGAGUACACCGUAUCAGCGAAAUUCAAGAAGGUAACGUUUAACUCCAAGGAGCAACGGUCAGGAUGGUUGAAAGAAUUUUCGUUGGUUCUACACGGAACAAAAGACCCACCAUACAGAAUGCUCUCUCCAGCUUCCCCGCAUUCGAAGCUUGCAAUUGUUAAGAAGGCCCACGAAGAUCGAGAUAAAAUAUGAAUUUUUGCUGUCCUGGUAUAAUUAUUAUAUUGAAGGUAUUCAGUUUCUCCUGUUUUAGCAAUUUAUAAUUGAAAUAUUUCAAGCAUUUUGUUUUGUAACACAACAAAAGAAAUUCUGACGCAUAGGCUGGCAGAUCCAAUAUUAAUCGUGAAUUAUACUUGCAAAUGAUUAUUUAACUACUAUUUCAAGUAAACGAGUAAACAAAGUAGUAGAAGAAGCACUCUAAUAUUAGUUAUGAUUAGUACAAGCUAUUUUUUUUUUUGAAUUUCGAGAACAGUUUAAAAUUACGACCAAACAGUGGUAAUUUUGUUUUUUCUAUAUACUUUUAACUUAGCAUAUUUGUUUAUAAUCAAACUUAAUAGUUAAUCGAAAUUGUGAUUCAAUAAAAACAAAUAUAUAAAUUGAAUAGUAAUGUUCUUACAUAUGACUAACGUAAGUAACUUGUAGAAGAGUUAUGUCACUUAAGCAAUCAUCUCAAAUUUAUUUUACAGUAUCAAAUCUAUUCCCAAUUCAAAUUGAAAAGCUUGAGUGUAAAAGAAGCAGUUACAAAAGUAACAAAAAUACUUGUUUUUGAAUUAUAUUUUGCAGAUAUUUAUACUAAAAGCAUUAAGCUUUGAAUAUUUCAUGCUGAGCGUAUCGUGAAACGGAGCAGCAAAAAUACUUGUAUCUGAAUUAUACUUUGCAGAUAUUUUCACUAUAAUCAAAUGUUUUGAAUAUUCGAAGCUAGCAAAAUCUCGUUAGAUUAAGCAUUUGACAUUAUCCUUAGCAUUUUUAGCAUUAUACUAAUCAGUAUGCCAGGUUAUUGAGGUAAUGGAGUAUCAGUAUUUCGACUUUCGAAAAGCUAUUCAUUUGAGUUAUAGACUGCGUCUGACAAUAGAAAUCAAAAUAAAGGUUUCACGGAGCGCUUGUAUACAAAGUUAUUUUUCUUAUUACACGUCAUUGCAGUUGAAAAUUUACGGCUAGCUAUUUGUAGCUGAGCGCUACAUGAAUACUUUUAAAUCAGUAAUCCAGCUACAGACCUCGUUCGAUUUUGGCACGGUUCAAUUUUGGCAACAUAAAAAUUUUGGACGUGUUGCCACCAGAAACCAUCCAAGCGUUGAAUUGAAUUUUCGUUUCAGUCCGGUAGGCAUCGGACAACACUGUUCGGAUUGGUUAUAUGAUUGGCUACUGAUUUUUUUUAGUCCGGUGGGCAUUAUACAAAAUUUAAAUUUGGACGUGUUGCAAAAAUCGAACAUGGCCUGUACUGCCUGUAAUCGCAUAAUAAGGUGUUUUAGGGGUAUGUAUAUUAUUUUUUCUUUCGAUAAGAAAUGUCAAAAUAGAGCGGGGGCCUAGUGUGGUUGGUAACGUCUCCGCCAACCACGCUCGACGCCUGGGUUCGAAUCCCACCGCCGACAUAGGUGUCGAUGGUUGUGAGGUGGCGUGAUCCACUCACAACCAACCCAACUGGUCUAGAUUCAAUCCUAGCCUCUGAGAUCACGCCUUCCGUCGCAUGAGGAAGUAAAAGCCGUUGGCGCCGGUCCAUUAAUAAACGGGUCGUGAGUUAGGGUCCUGGGUGUGGAGUCGCCUCCCUGGGCGUCGGUGAUUGGCCACAACAGUGGCGGCACUAGACCGACGGAAAAUAAGCGAGAAUAAAAAAUAAAAAAAAAAGAAAUGUCAAAAGAAAUACAUAAUCUACUGACUUUUCUUAAUUUAAACAGCAAAACUAUUGAAAAAAUCGAUUUCGAAUUUUAACAACUGUAAGUGGUUUCAAGACAUACCCUACCGUCAAGAAAUCAUGACACAGGGAGGCCAGGUCAUUUUUCAAAUAUCUUCACACUCCACAAAACAAUGUCUUUAUACAUAGGAAAUCUGUAAACACGGUCACCGUUGAAAGUUUACAAAACUUCCAGUGACACAUUAAAUCGAGUGCGGUUAAUCAACCGACUGUUAGGCUUUCACUUAUUCAUACGCGCUCAAAUGUUUUCAAUAUUAAGACAUGUCUUCACAUCUGGCAUCCCUGUAGUGACACGUAAACCAGGUUUAUAUUUUCCACAAGCCAGCAGCAGAAAUGUCACUUUGCUUACUAUCAGGGUUAUAUUCACCAUAGGCCAGCAACAGCAAUGUCACUCUGUGCACUACUUGUCAGUUAGUGAAAAUUUAAAACAAAUAUAAUUUUUCAAUUUAAAAAUCAAAGAAAAGUCGUAGAGAUUUAAGACAAAUUACGUAAUGCUUACUGAAAUAUUUCCACUGUAAUAUAUUCCAAAAGUAGCUUGAAAGUGACGGCACAAAAGUAUAAUUGCAAAAAUUUCAACCAAUUUGACUUCAAAAGUAAUGAUCAAUGUAUACAUGGUGUAAAGUAAUGCUUUAUACUGUCCAUUUUCAAGAAUAUAAUGGGAACAAUGCAUUUAAGGUCAAAACAUACAAGUGUAUUUGCUCGAACCAAUUUUGUGUUACAAUUAUGCGGUUAUGGGCAGUGUAGUUGGAGUAAACCCUACCUUUUAUAACAAGCCAACUGUCGUAUGUUCGAAUCUGGUCUGGGUUAGAGUCAAUAGGACCGUAGCGUUAGUGCCGCAAUUAACUACUCAGUACACUAACAGUUAGCCUGUGUCAAAUAUCGCAGUGGGCUGCUUUUUGUAUGUAGAUACAAUGAUAAAUUGAGAUAGCCUCGAUCAACAACCUUAUACACAUAAAUUAAACCGGAAAAAACACAGUUAUAAUUAUAUGUGUGUGUGUACAAUUCAUCUCCCACUGGCCGGCAGUGCUUCAUUCGAAAAAACCUAUUUGCUUUUUGGCUUCGAAGAAUUCAGAAUAAAAUUUUGAAUUAUUAUUAUUGAGGAGCCUCGGUUAGUACAAGAUUAGUACUAACUACCCACAAAAGUCGUUGCAAUCCUCAAUCGCUACGAUAAUCUCUUUUCAUAGUCAGUAACUUAGCAAUUAAGUUAGUUUUUUUUUAUACUCGCUUAUCUUCCAUCGGUCUGUUCCGUUACUUUUUGUUGUACCAGAUUAAAGAAAUGCAGCACUUACGCUCUUGCGUCUUAAAUUGAAACGGUUAUAUUUUGAUACCUCAGCAGAAUUUUGACCUUCAUACUCAUGUCUGCCAUCGGCAAUGUCAAACACGCAAUAAUCUGCUUUCAUACGACACUGGGACGGGAACAUUUUCUUCAACCAAGCUGCGCAACACGAUACAAAACAUGUUAUUUUGUUGCUUCAAUGAGAGUGCUAUCGGUCCGGCUCGACAGAAUGUCCACAAGAAAUCAUGUUUGUACAAACGUGCUACGAAACUGAGGAUAAACUUUAGAAACUGAAAAAAAGAGGUGGAGCUUAUCAAAUGAUCGCUCUGAGCCAGAAUGAAGAGAUGUAUUUUUUUUUCGAACGUUGUAGUAUGGUACAACUGGAAAUGAUUAAGUCACACAUAUUAUUCAAGUUAUAUCAUUCCACAACAUUCGAAACAAUUAUUAUGCCAGAGCGGAUAUUGCACGCUAUCUGACUAUGAAGCAUUCAUGCAAUAAUUGAAUGAAAAUUGCAAUUGCAGCAAUCGGCCUUUUUCAAAGCUACUAAAUGUAUCGAAGAGCAUAUUGAAUGGUUAUCAAUAAACUGCAACUGAGGUUUAAUGCUGCUGCAAAUGUACAGCAGUCAGCACGUUCUGCUUACGAUGCUGAGUCUAUUUAAGAAAAUUCACAACUCUUCAUUAACAAGGGUGUAACGUCUUGUAGAAGACGGUUGAAGUUUAACAUCACAGCAGCUCAUGUCUACCAUCGGCAAUAUCAAACACGCAAUAAUCAGCUUCCAUGCGACACGGGAACGGGAACAUUUUCUUCAAUCAAGCUGCGCAACACGACACAAAAUAUGUUAUUUUGUUGCUUCAAUGAGAGUGCUAUCGGUCCGGCUCGACAAAAUGUCCACAAGAAAUCAUUUUUGUACAUCCGUGCUACGAAACUGAGGAAAAACUUUAGAAACUGAAAAAAGAGGUGGAGUUUAUCAAAUGAUCGCUCUGAGCCAGAAUGAAGUCACACAUAUUUUUCAAGUUAUAUCAUUCCACCACGUACGAAAAAUAAUUCAUUCCUAUUUUCAUCCCUAUAUAAGAGCCUGUUUUAGUCGAAGCCGCUCAUAAUAGUUCUGAACAGCGACAACAGCAGUCCUCCCUUAGCAGCAGCGGGAGCAGUGCAGUGGGUACCAUCGAUAGCGGAUAGCGGCCACAACUGUGGCCUGGCUGCGGAUAAGCGUAGCAGUUUCAGCGGAUCUCAGCGUCGAUUGCAGCUGGGCCAGCAGAUGCAGGUACAGCGGAUACCAAUGGCAGCGUAUAGUGGCCACAACUGUGGCAUGGCUACGGAUAGCGGCCACAAGCGUGGCAUGGCUAUGCAUAGCGUAGCUGUUGCAGCGGGUAUAUCAGCAUCGAUAGUAGCAGGGUCAGCUGAUGCAACGACACUCCCUUCACUAAAAUGCUGUUUCAGUGUGGUAGCGGGAAGCAUCGGCAGCAGGCUUGCAUGAAGUGAAUACAUCAGCCAGCAACUUUCUCUAAGGCCUCUGAAACGAUUCGCUCGGCCGUAGGUUAAUGUACAGCUCUACUGAGGCAACACAGAGAUGUAAUAUAAACACUACAUCCUAUGAUAAAUUGAACAAUUGUCCUUAUAAGGACAACAAAUGAAUUAAUGAAGAUUUUUUAGUACAAUACUUCUCUCAGGAAGUUCGGCUACAUAGGGAUGUGAAAUGAAAAUCUAAAACUGAAAAAAAAUGAAAAAAAUUUCAAAUGCUAAUAAAUCGGUUAGUUUUCGAUGGAUUUCCUUCGUUUUUGCAGCAAUCGAUUAGAAAAUCUUCUAAGAUUCCUACCAAAUGCAUGAAAUUGCAAUUUUAUCAUUCGAACUAUUGUACUAUUGAAAAUUCUUAAGCCUUGUCAAAACACAAAAUUCGACCUCUGGUUGGUCGUUUUACCGCGCUUUCCCAAGCACGGUCGGCAGAGUUCUGGACCUAGUAAAUUGGGAAUGCAUCAUUUGGGCUAUAUAAGAGCUUCAUCAGAUGAUAAACAGACAUUUCAUCGGAUAUUAAAUUGAACAACUGAAAUUUGAAGAACAAAAGAAUAUUCGAAGAGUUAAUAUUUUCUCGUUUUGCGCUAUAAUCUAAUGUUAAUUAUCUUCAUCUACAUGCAUACUCUGACUAUUAUUACGUGUUUGCGUCGCUUAGUGUUUGGCUACGGUCAUGCAGAACGCAAAUAACGGCGCGAUGCGAUUCGGCAAGACGAAAUCUGUUGAAAUGUAUAGCUCUACUUCGCCUUAAAAAGAGCUGUACAUUUCACCACGGUAAGGCGAAUCGCAUUCUGCAUAACCGUAGCCUUUGUUCCGUUCCCGUUUAACGAUGUCGUAUUAAAUGUGCAUAUUACAAUUCGGCAGCACUUGAACUUCUCAUUUGCACAAAAUUUAAAAAUAUUCAAUGAACUUCAUUCAAAAUAUCAAACAAAAAGAAAUUACAAUACUGCCAAUGAACGGUCAACGUUUAUUUACUAGAAAAAAUGACUGACACGCAAGCUGCCGGGUUAUCUUUCUUGUAAAAGUAUUCUACUUCAACCUUGCGGUCGUGGCUUUGCAUAUAACCUUCUUGUGAUUUUUUUUAACGUUGCAAAAUGGUAUAACUGGAAAUAGUUUUUCCAGUUAUCCCAUUCCACAACGUGCGAAAAAUCUAUGUCAGAGCGGAUAUCGCGCGCUUUCUGGACCAUGAAGCAUUUAUGCGAUAGUUGAAUGAAAUUUGCAACUGCAGCAACCAGCCUUUUUCAAGGCUACUAAAUGUAUUUGGAAGAGCAUAAUGAAUGGUUAUUACUAAACUGCAACUUUGAUUGCAGUUUGAUGCUGCUGCAAUUGCGCAGAAGUGUGAUGUAUAUUACGAUUCAUUGAUACUGUGCAUCACAAGCGGUAAAUGCGAAACAAAUCCGAUUUCAAACAGAAAAGUUCAGCAAGUUCUGCUCACGGUGAUGAUUAACAUGGAUGUAACGUCUUGAAGAAGACGGUUAUUGCUCGACAUCACAGCAGAAUUUUCACCUUCAUACUAAUGUCUACCGUCGGCAGUAUCAAACACGCAAUAAUCUGCUUCCAUGCGACACGGGGAAGGAAACAUUUUUUCCUUCCAAGCCGCGCAACACAACACAAUACAUGUUAUUUUGUUGCCUUCAUGAGAGUGCUAUCGGUCCGGCUCGACAGAAUGUCCACAAAAAAUCAUUUUUGUACAUCCGUGCUAUGAAACUGAGGAAAAACUUGAAAACUAAAAAUAAAGAUGGAGCUUAUCGAAUGAUCGCUCUGAGCCAGAAUGAAUGAGAUGUAUUUUUGUUUUCGUUGUUGAAUGGUAUAACUGGAAAUAAUUCAGUCACACCUAUUUUUCCAGUUAUUCCAUUCCAUUCCAUUAAAGCAAAAAUAAUAUACGAAACAUAUACGGAACAAUAUAUCGCUUCAUACCAUCAAAAUGAUUAACCCUAAUCGAGUGUAUUUCCAAAGCUAUUGCAAAAAAUUAUUGAAAUGAGACAGGCUAUCGUAAUUCUACGUUAACUUUGCGGUCGUUUCUUAUAAACAACCUCUUCCACUUUUCCUUUUACGGAAAUGCUUGUGUCAUCGCAGAACAAUGAGUUUGUGCAUCCUGGAGGCAAAUCAGGAAGAUCUGAAAUGAAUAUGCUGUGCAGGACUGGGCCCAAGACAGAACCUUGAGGCACACCUGCUCUGACAGGAAAUCUGUCAGAUUUUGAGUUCUGAUAGACAACCUGCAGAGUUCGAUCAGUAAGAUAAUUUUUUAAAAUUUUGAUUGGGAAAAUUGGAAAAUUAAAAGUUUGCAAUUUCGCAAUCAAACCUUUACGCCAAACACUGUCGAAUGCUUUUUAUAUGUCUAAAAGAGCAGCUCCAGUGGAAUAACCUUCAGAUUUGUUAGCUCGUAUCAUAUUAGUAACUCUGAGCAAUUGAUGAGUAGUGGAAUGCCCAUGGCGAAAUCCAAACUGUUAAUCUGCAAAAAUUGAAUUUUCGUUAAUGUGCGACAUCAUUCUGUUAAGAAUAAUUCUCUCAAACAUUUUAAUUAUUGAAAAAAGCAAACUGAUUGGUCGAUAACUUGAAACUUCAGCUGGAUUUUUAUCCGAUUUUAAAAUUGGAGUAAUUUUUGCAUUUUUCCAUAAUUUGGGAAAAUAUGCAAUUUUGAAGCAGCAAUUUUCACUAAAAAUUCCAUUGUGCUCUCGGGGAGAUGUUUGAUUAGUAUAUUAAAGAUUCCAUCGUCACCAGGUGCUUUCAUAUUCUUGAAAUUUUUAAUAAAUGAUUUAAUCUCAUUCAAGUUAGUUUCAAUUAUUUCUGCAGGUAAAAAAUUCUGGGAAGACUUUAAAUCAAAUUGACGUGUGACUUCAUUUUCAAUUGGACUCACAAAAUUCAAAUUUGAGUUAUGAACACUCUCAAACUGCUGAGCAAGUCUUUGAGCCUUUUGUUCAUUGGAUACAAGAAAACGUUCACCAUCUUUUAAAACAGGAAUAGGCUUUGAAGGUUUCUUAAAAAUAUUCGACUGCUUCCAAAAGGGUUUUGAAUGUGGUUUCAAUUUUUCAACUUAAGUCAAAAAAUUCUGAUUUCUCAGAAGAGUAAAUCUAUGUUUAAUCUCUUCCUGUAAAUCUUUAUAAAUAGUUUUAAAAACAGGGUCACGAGAACGUUGAUAUUGACGUCUGCGGACAUCUUUCAAACAAAUUAGAAGUUGAAGAUUUUCGUCAAUUAUUGGUGAAUCAAAUUUCACUUGAGCCUUCGGAACAGAAUAAUUUCUGGCAUCAAUAAUUGCACAUUUCAAUGCUUCCAAAGUGGAAUCAAUAUUCACUUAGUUUUGCAAAUCAAGCUCAUUAUUGAAAUAAUUCUCAAUAUGAGUUUUGUAUCUUUCUCAAUUAGCUUUCUCAAUUAAUUAAAAACAGAGCUCAUAGGGUUUAAAACUGAUUCAUGUGAUAACGCAAAAGUUAUUGGAAGAUGGUCAGAAUCAAAGUCAGCAUGUGUGAUCAAAUCACUACAUACAUGACUUUUUUUUAUUUUUUUUGUUAGGAUUACGUUGUCCAUUGAUGUGAACUUUUGUAAUAUAUUCCAGUCAAUUGUUAUACGUGUUUCUUUGCAAAAUACAAUGACCACUAUUGUUGUGAGUGAUCAGGUACCUGCACCGACACGCUCCCAGUCAGGAAAAAUAUGGUUUAUGAAGCCAAUCACCUUUCCAGGAUUCAAAGACCGAAUCUCUUUGAGCUGUAAGAAGCCACUGCCAAGAAGCCUUGAUCUGCGUUUAAAUAAUGCACCACAACUGCAAAGCAGAUGUUCCGAUGUCUCGCGUUCCGUAUUACAAAAGCGACAGAUAUCAUCCUGAACCCGGCCAAUGUUCUUAAAAUGAUAUCUACUCGAACAGUGCCCGUUACUAGGCCGACAUAUGUACAAAGAGCUCUUUUGUUGAGCUCUAGGAGCUUUUUUGAUUGGUUUUCGUUUGGUGUUAUAAAUUUUUUAGAUUGGGAACUCUUUUUGACAUCAAACCAAUUGGUUGUCACUUUUUGUUUCUCCCAGCGUUUAAGCUCCAUUUUCACUGCACACUGUGAAAUGCCACAGAAAGGUUCUGGGCCGAUAAACUGUGAGUUAGAUCCUUGUUUUGCAAGUUCGUCUGCCCUUUCAUUCCCAUCAAUGUCACAAUGUCCUGGAACCCAAUACAAAUUUACUGAGUUUGUAUGACACAGCUGUCGCAAUGUGAGAAUACAUUCCCAGACAAUCUUGGAUGUGCAUCUAUAAGCAUCAAGUGCUUUCAGCGCUGCUUGACUGUCAGAGAAAAUACAAAUAUUUGCAUGUUUGUAUUUUCUAGUCAAACAAACAUACGCACAUUCAAGGAUUGCAAAAAUCUCUGCUUGAAACACUGUUGGCCAGUGUCCCAUUGCCACUGUAGUAUUAAUUCCAGGGCCAAAGAUUCCUGCACCAGUUUUUGUACCUAUUUUUGAGCCAUCUGUGAAAAAUAUCGUUGAACCGGGAUGGACAUCAGGAACUCCGACUUCCCAGUCUGUACGUGACGUUUCGCAUACCUUGUAGGGAAUAUCAUGGUUAUCCUGAGGUGCCAUCAAGUCUCCAUUCAUACUCAUCACUGGCCCUCUUUUGAAAAAGUCCAGUAUAGUCAGGUGACCCACAAGAUCAUCUGACAAGAUAGUUUUUGUUCGUUUGAGCCUCAAUGCACUCUUUUCUGCUUCUAGUUGCACGUAUUCGUACAAUGGCAACAGAUGAAGAAUUGCAUCAAGAGCUUUUGAUGGGGUGCUGCUCAUUGCUCCUGUUAUAGCAAUGCACGCAAGUCGUUGAACUUUAUCUAGCUUUGUUCUGGCGGUGGAUUCUUUGGUUUUCGGCCACCAUACUAACGAAACGUAGGUCAGUUUUGGACGUAUAAUCGAUGUGAAUAUCCACAUCACCAUUUUUGGUCUCAAGCCCCACUUUCUUCCAACGGUUUUGGAGCACAACCAUAAUGCACUGACCGCCUUGUUGAUUGCAUAGUCAAGAUGUGCAUUCCAGUUUAGCUUGGUAUCAAGGAUAACGCCUAAAUGUUUAACCUGUUCACUGAAUGGAAUUUCUACUCCUCCAAGCUUGAGAGUUUUUAGAUUGAAUUUCCUCUUUCUAGUGAAAAGUACGAUAACAGCUUUUGACGGAUUAAUGCUGAGACCCUCCUUUAUACACCAAGACUGGGUAUACUCCAGAGCCUCCUUCAUUCUUUCCGAAACUAUGUUGUCAAACUUUCCUCUUACCAAAAUGACUAUGUCAUCUGCAAAGCCCACAACUUCGAAACCUUUUGCUUCUAAGCUUUUGAGAAGAUCGUCCACCACUAAAGACCACAUAAGUGGCGAAAGAACUCCUUCUUGCGGACAUCCUUUCGUUGCCUUUAUCGUGAUAGACGAACCUCCCAACUCAGAAGUGAUUUCUCUUUUUGCAAGCAUGGUAUGAAUCCAGUCAACAAUUCUCGUGUGAAAUCCUUUUUUCCUCAUUGCACUAGACAUUGAAGAAUAUGUCCAAGAAAGAGCACAGAGCAAUUUCUUUAGCUGAAAGUGACUUUUUAUUUUCAUAACCAGCGUAUGAAGCGCUGUGAUAGUGGAUUUUCCAGUUUGAUAGGCAAACUGGGACUUUGAAAGCGGUUUUGUUUGCAUGUAAGAUGUAUGAAUGAAAUCAUUCGGCACUUUUUCCAUUGUCUUCAACAAAACCGAAGAAAGACUAAUGGGUCUGAAUGAUUUAGGAUGCGUCCUAUCACGCUUCCCAGUUUUAGGUAUGAAGAUUACUCUUACUACCCUCCAUUUUGAUGGAAUAUGAUUCAACCUUAAACUGGCCUUGAAAAUCUCAAUGAGGGGAGGAAUUAGUAUUGCUUCACCUUGUUGAAGCAAUGCUGGAAAUAUUCCAUCUACACUUGCAGACUUGAAAGGCUCAAAGGAUCUCAUAGCAUUUUCCACCCUGGUUCUCGUAAAAAUUUCAUCCGCCACAUCUGAUACAGUACUCUCUGUUCUAGUAGACCCAGAGCUAGUAUGCGUAGAACAAAUUUCAACUAAAUCAGAAAUGGCUGAAUCCGUCUUUUCAAUAGAACCGGGAAAAUGCGUUUCCAUCAUUAGAUUUAAGGUAUCACGAGGACCACUAGUAUAGAUUCCGUCAUGACGCUUUAGAUUGCCAAGCUCAACGGUAUGAUCUUUGGCAAGAGUCUUUUGUAAUCUGGAAACAACUGGAGUUUUUAAACAUGACUUUGAUCUGUUAGCACCAAAUCAAUUGUUGAUGGGUUUCUUACAGAAGAAAAACAUGUAGGACUAUUCGGAGACAAAUUAGAAUAGUAUCUUGAAGAACAAUCAUUGAAUAAAAUUUUGCCAUUGGAAUUACUUUGAGAAUUAUUCCAUGAUCGAUGUUUAGCGUUAAAAUCACCGAUUAUAAAAAAUUUCGAACGAUUUCUAGUGAGUUUUUGUAAAUUACCUUUAAAAUAAUUUUUGUGCUCGCGUGUACAUUCGAAUGGUAAAUAUGCUGCGGCAAUAAAUAAAAUCCCAAGAUCAGUUUGAACUUCAAUUCCCAAAGUUUCAAUAACUUUCGUCUCAAAAUGGGGAAGAGCACGAUGUUUGAUUCGGCGAUGAAUAACAAUUGCAACUCCACCACUAUGAACCACGUAAUUGGGAUCAUAUUUUAAUUUAAUGUUAGGUUUUAAAAAUGUUUCAGUAAUAAUUGCAAUAUGCACAUUAUUUACUGUUAAAAAAUUAAAAAGCUCAUUUUCAUUGGCCUUCAAUGAGCGAGCAUUCCAAUUUAAAAUUUUGAUGGGUUUAUUUAAAAUCAUUGCUAAUUUUUAAAAUAGAAACAAUUUUAAUUGUAAAAUUUGUACCUAUUUGGAUGGCUUCAAACAUUGAUUUUGCCUGCAACAUGGCGUUCAUAAGAUCGAACAUUGCUUGUUGCAGAAAAGAAAGUUUACCAGCCGUAAUAGGCCCCAGGCAGUUGACAUUAGAAAAAAUAUCUCGGUAGUAAUAUUAGCUGGGGUAAUAUGUGUACAUUUAUUUUCCACCUUGUUUUGCUUACCACCCAUAUUAACGGUCAUUUUCGAACUACCAACAUUAGGCGAUAGAAUGUUCGAACUACCUGCAACCUGUGCAUAUGUUAAACGAGUAUGCAAAGGAGUUGAGAAAGUGGGUGGUACUGGUACGCUUGGAGAAUUUUGUUUUGAAGUUUGUUUUGAAUUUUGUUUACCUUGCCUUGCCUUAAAAAUUGCUAAAAGGGCUGGACGUAAGUUUGUCUGAUAAAAAUUUGACCGUUACAAUUCGCACAGCGAAAAUUUUUACUCUCUUUCACAGGACAUGUGUUCUUGUUGUGAGAAGAGUCUCCACAAAUAAGGCACAAAUAAGGUCCAUGUUACAGAAUUUUGAACCAUGGCCAUAACGUUGGCAAAUACGGCAUUGGGUGAUAUGCUUUUCACCUCCGCCAAACUUUCGAUACGAUUCCCAUUUCACUCGCACAUUAUAAAUAGCAUGUGCUUUGUCAAAAAAUUUCAAAUUGUUAACCUCAGUGCGGUUAAAAUGAAUUAAAUAAUUAACAAGGGAAAUUCCAGUUCGCUGACUGUUUUUGCCUCGUGAUUUUUGUUUCAUUAAAAUUUCUUGGGUAGGGACUAUUCCAAGUAAUUCUGUUGAAGUAAGUUUGAUCUCAUCAACGGUUUGAUCGUUGGUGAGACCUUUCAGACAUAAGUACUAAUUAUUAACAAAUCUUGUUAAUCUUGUCAAUUAAGAUAUAAGGAUAUAAGGACUUUCCUCUGUUAUUACCCUAAAUUAAAAAAUAAAGCUUCGACAAAUAUAGCAAGAGUUUAUUCUGUUGAACACUUUUUCGCCAAUAAUAGAUUCUGCUGCUUUCAAUUCGCUUCAGAUGGAUCGUCAGAUAUGUUCUUGAUAAUGUUUUCAACCGCAGUGCUCCCAGCAAAUCUUUGAGUCAUGUGCGUAACUCAAUUCAUCCAAUAUGGUACAUUUUCUCUUAGUACAUAUUUGCAUUUUGCAUCUCUUGUUUCGAUCACUGCAAUCAGUAUAUUUGCUUGGACGACUCGAAUGCGAAGCGACUCAGUUGACGUCUUAGAGAUUGAAGGUUUCCUCAAGUUUUUUUUUCUCCAGAAACAGAAACUUUUUAUCAAUCGAAUGUUCAGAGCAUUGCCUAUUCAACCCAAAUAGGGUAUUUCUGAAAAAAAAAACAAAUCUCAUUUUCGCAAUCGAUUUACAGUCCC